GUCACAUUGAUGCUGUUUUAUUACAAAUUGUUAUUUCAAGUCCAUUAAAAACAAAAUUCAAUCUAUUGCACAUAAUGAUUUUGUCCUACAACUAGCGAGCAGAAGAAUAGUUUUAACAGGUCAUUAUUAUUGUGAGCAUGUGUGGCCAUGAUGAUUUGCAUUCUACGCUGAUACUAGAUGCUAAAAGGAAGAACUAUGUUAAAUGAUUUGCAUUCAUUCUUCGCUGUUCGAAACAGCACGGCAGACAAGAAGUUCUAUACUUGGGAACUGUCGCGCGUAUGCGACUCCAAGGACAAUCAAAUCCGUUCAGUUCAUGAAAUGAAUUUCCCUCCGUUCAUGCAUGCCAUGCCGUAAGCUUUACAGCGUUGCAUUGACGAUGAUAAAUAUAAAACAAACAUUGCUUUGACAAACCAACUGUCACAUCGGGACAUCAUGGUAGAGAGUCGAAGGGCUCAACAGCAAUCUCGCUGGUGAAGGAGCACUCCAUGCUACAGUUCCAGCUUUCACGUAAAUCCACCUCCACAGUCCUCCAGUCUGAUUGCCUUCCGACUGCAGUCCAGAGUCCAGACGGGGUUGUCAUAUCUUCAAACGACGGGAUGCCAUGAAUGCGAAUCGUUCCCAAAAAGUUCUCGAGAAAAAUAGGAUUUCCAAAACGAUGGACUUCAUUCAUAGUCGACAGAUGGUAGCUUUGACAAGAGCAAACAAUCACUUCGCGUGAUAGCCAUGGUAGCACAUGACCCAAGAGAACAGAUUACGCCUUCCACACACGAAAUUCGGUGAAGAGAACAGAUUACGCCUUCCAUACACGAAAUUCGGUGAAGAGACUGCGCGAAUUGUAGGAGAGAAAUUCCUGCACGACUGCGCCGUCUCGACUACGUUACAAAUCAGAUAUUUUGACCUCACGAACGAGAACCGCAAGAAAAACAUGUGGAGCGGGGGUCUGCGACUCGGAGCGACGGCAGCGAUGGAGCAGCGGAAAGAUAUAUCGUGCGUCUAGCCUACGGCAACUUUAGCACAGGAGCUCAUUUCCCAUCCUUUGCGCUUUGUUUUCCAGUCCUCAUGAAGAUGGAAGAACCUUCUACCAUCUUCAC